AUGGCGCGUCGGACAAAGAAACGUCUAACUGUGAAGAAAAAGCCCAAACAUCCCAAAAGUCCAGAAGGAGCUCCAAGCCACACAGAGUGGGUUGCCUGGAGGCAUUUUGCCAGCUUCGUCAUUGAGUCGAACUCGGAAGAAAUCGAAUUCAGGGCGUAUAUUAGGGCUCUUAUCCUCCCUCACGGUGUGGAGCCUACUGAUGAUAUAACAGAUGAUCAAUACUGGAUAGGCGUGAUUAGGGACAUCCGGGCCCGAUCUGCAGACUCGGAAGACGUAUGGGCACGCGUUCAAUGGUAUUGGGAUGGGGAAGAUGUGGCUAGAGUGAUAAAAUCAUUAUACGAGAGAAUAUUCUCUGAUACUUAUGAUUAUGUGUCUACGUCCUGCUUUAGCGGUGAGCACCACUUUUCUACGCGUAAUUCUGGCUUUAUAGCAAUUGUAGGGUUAACUAAGGUAAAAACGCUGGAUGAGUGCCUUGCCGAACAAGGACCCAUCGGUGAAAAUGAAUUCUUCAGUCGCUGCGAUUUUGAGUAUCGCGCCAAGAGAGUAACCCGAAGGGCGCAUUUAUGUCUUUGCGCAACUCCUUUCAAUCCAGAUACCGAUCCAGUGAUCCACUUUUGUGCUCGUAAGAGUUGUCGCGCUGGAUAUCACCAAUCCUGUCUUGUCAAUGGUGGUUAUUGGGAUCAAGACUUGUCCGACAGGAGGCUUCGCCUCGUUGAGGCAUACCCCGACCACGACAGGAAAUUUUCUUACAAGGACCACAUAUCCCAGCAACGUCCCCGAAAGAGACGGAAAUUUUUCCCUGAUUGGGACUUUAUCGAGCCUGCAUCGCUUCUGGGCCUUCCAGAGGACCUCGUCAGGGCCGCAGAGCAGCCAAUCGUGAAGGGAACCGAGGCUGGUGGCGUGGUUGGCAAUGUUGCAGCUGUCAUUGCAGCUCGUCGCAGGAUUUAUGACGUUUAUAGCGAUGAUAAGACUAUACCCGAGGACUGGAGGGACCAAGUGGACGUGACGCAAGCUAUUCCGCUCACCAAUGGCAAGCCCCUGCCCGCGUUCUUAUGUCCCAGCUGCAAUGGACCCAUCUAA